AAGAGUUGCUGAGGCAGAACUGAAAUCAUGGCUCGCCACAAAGAAGCAGCCGUAUUGGCCGCUAAUGAUGCCUCACACAGAAAGACGAUGCUCCUUUAACUCGGGGGUUUUAAUGGGAAGUUUCUAAGCCUGAAACAACAGCUUUAGAGCUGGGGUGCCAUCAGCUGCUUGCAGCUACCACUGUCUACUGCUUCAACACAGCUUGACUGGGAAGAAUGGAAACUAAAGAGGCUUGUAACUACCUGUAACUGUUCCACCAGGAAAUGGAUCAAGUGUUUGUUCAGCCAGAUCCAGAUAACUCAGCCUCUCCAAGGUGCAGCAGCCAUCAUGAUCUCAGCAGACUGAUGAUGGAAGAAAAGGAAACUGGGAGAUCCUGUGCUCUAGCUUUCCUGGACGAUGGAUGGAGGACAGCCCGUCCCUUCACCCCUAGUGCCCCUUGAGAACGCCUCGUCAGAUUCUAGCAUGUCUCUGGAACAGAAAACCACGUUUGUUUUUGUGAUUUUGUUAUUCAUUUUCUUGGGCAUCCUUAUUGUCAGGUGCUUCCGGAUUCUUCUGGACCCGUAUAGGAGCAUGCCGACCUCAACUUGGGCUGAUGGACUUGAAGGGCUGGAGAAGGGGCAGUUUGACCAUGCCCUUGCUUAGUGGAGGGGAGCAGGAUCCCCUCCUGAGGAGGUGAAGUGCAUCAUGACUUGGCAAAGAAUUCUCUUUAGUCAAUGUUCUAAGCACACCAAGUUUCAAUGACACCUGGUCGUAGGCCCACAAUCCCUCAGUUAUUAAACAUGCCGUUGGGUUAAGAAACAUUGGAGGAUAUGGGAGGUGAAGCUUUCUAACACUCGCCAAAAACAGGAAGGCUUGCAUUUCUAUGUUUACUCAAUGAAUGAAUACUUUUGAAUGUGAGUGGUGGUGAAAUCAAGAGCAUCAGCAUCAACAUAAACUUUGCCAUAAAGUGAAGUGCUCUCCCAUCCAACCAGAGAAUAAAGAAUGGAAAGGUUCGGAAAUGAAUCUGGUCAGAGGGCCACGAAGAGACCUCUUUGCUCUGAGCGUGUGUGUCAGUUUGUUUUAUUUUCGUGGGAAUCCAGGUCCCUGGCAGAGAGUAAGGAAGACUGAGCUGAGCAACCCAAAGGAGACCCCUAAUCUCCUAUAAAGCAGGCAGCUUUGGGGAGCAAGGGGGUCGGGGUGCUUAGCACAGUUUCAUCUCUAGAAGAGAUGAGUGAGGAUGAGCUCAUUUUAUUUCUCAAGUACAGCUGAAUUCAAAGGCUUGUGGAGGUUUGAAAACUCUUCACCAGGCCAAAAGCAUUCUAGGUAUUCAUAUUAAUAACCUGUGUAGAGGUAGUGAUACAUAUGCGAAUUUACUUUCUUCACCCACAUGGUUGAAAUAUUGGGUUGCAAGGACAGCUACGAGUCGUGUUUUUUAAAUAAAAAGUUAAUUGUUUAGAAGAGAAGAUUUUCAGUCUUAAGAGGAACGUAUGUUUAUGACUGAAUAGGGAAGCCAAUAAAACUUUUCAAGAAA